AGUCGCUCCAUAUAAAAGUUGGUCCCGUGUCCUCCGCGCAGUUACUCUUGAUCUUCACACGGCUUACACAACAAGGAGCAAAGCCAGAAUAAGAGGACCGCGAUGGGAAAACACAACCCAGGACGUAUCGCUGCAGUACUCGUGUCUUUAGCUGCCUUUGUAGUGAGCUUGGUGCUUAAUGGGCUGGCUGUAGUUGGAGUUAGUCCUUUUCACACCACCCAAGCCAAUGUCUCUGCUCUGUUUGACACCCAGCUCACACCUUCAGGGUGGACAUUUUUCAUCUGGACCCUCAUCUACAUCUGGCUGAUCUUCAUGAUCAUCUACAUUGUUGCGGGUCUUUUCAGAAAGAAUGGAUAUGGAUACGUUUACUGCACUCCUGCAGUACUGCCUUAUGGAUUCUUUAUUAGCUGGUGUCUCAAUAUGGGCGUCAAUAUUGGUUGGCUGCUGGUUUGGGACAGAGAACUGAUGAUUCCUGCACUGGUGUUUCUCAUCCUCAUCAUCUGCACUAACUACUCCAUGAUAUGCUUCAUCUGCCAUGGGAUUCACGUUUAUGGAGCUUGGCUCAACAAAUACCACAAAGCAGACCUGUGGCUCCUCCGGGUGUUGGUCCAGAAUGGUGUCAUGAUAUACACGACUUGGACAACUGUUGCAACCCUCCUCAACCUGACCAUUGUACUGGCUUAUGAAACGGACAUGUCCCAAGACGAUGCUGCCACACUCUCAUACUCUCUUUUGACUAUUUUGUUGCUUGGAUGGUUUGUUUUGGAGAAUCUUGUCCUCGACAAGCAUGUGCGGUACAUCUGCAUUACCUACCCCGUUGUGAUCUGGGCGCUGUCUGGAAACCUUGACAAAAACUAUGAUGCUGAAUCACCCAGUCGCAAUGGCGUCUUCAUUGCUGUGCUGCUGGCUGCAGCCUGUGUGCUGUUUGUGAUUCGGGUUAGUUUGGUGGUCUGGAGACACAUCAAACAGCCACUCUACGAAGGUGUCGACCCUGAAACCAUGGAACCGAUGGAGAUCGCUAAGAAGCAGAAAAAGAUAUUUUGCUGAGCAGCUUUAUGAUAAAAAACAAACCUGAUUGUUAUUAUAACUGAAGGUUUUUCAUGUAUGAUGUAAUUGUUUUCCCAUCGUAUUGAUUUGUAUUGUUUUAAUGUUUACUGAUGUAUUAAAAUGCACUGGAAUAUUGUGAAUAUAUUGUAUUAACGAUGUUUUGACACUGAUGUUUAAACAUGUAAACACUGAACUUUAUAAGACUAUUAUGUAUAACAAAUGAUUGAAUAUAUGUUUGUUUGUUUUGUAUUAGUGCAAACUUACACUCCAA